UUCUAACUGGAUGACGACACAUCUCACCCUUCGGUCCUCUGAUUCUAAGCACACAGUGAGCCACAGUUCCACUAUUUCAAGUUUUGAGCAGUCUUUCAGAUCAUGCCCAAUCUUCUUCCCAAACCCUAACUCACCCCAAUGGAAAACAAAGAUCCUCCAAACGGUGAGUCGGCUCACCACCACCAACUCACCAAGAAGCCCCGGCUCACUCGGUUCAUAACCGAAUCCGAAAUCCGAGAAGAGUUCGCACACCAUCAGUCUGGCAUAGCCCGAAUCAACAACGGGAGCUUCGGGAGCUGCCCUGGAUCGGUGCUUGCCGCCCAGAGGAAGUGGCAACUCAAAUUCCUUCAGCAACCGGACGAUUUCUACUUCAAUACGCUCCGCAAGGGGAUUCUUCAUUCGCGGACACUGGUUAAAGACCUCAUUAAUGCCGAUGAUGUGGACGAGGUCUCCCUCGUCGACAAUGCCACCACCGCCGCUGCCAUUGUCCUCCAGCAGAUAGGCCGUUCCUUCGCCGAUGGUAAAUUCCAUGAGAACGACGCCGUCUUGAUGCUUCACUGCGCCUAUGAAGCCGUAAAAAAAUCUAUGCAAGCGUAUGUCACGCGUACCGGUGGAUCAGUAAUAGAAGUUCAGCUUCCAUUUCCUGUUAACUCCGAUGAAGAAAUUAUCGCUGAGUUUAGGAAAGGGUUAGAGAAAGGUAAGGCUAGUGGUAGAAAAGUUAGGUUAGCAAUAAUCGAUCACAUAACAUCAAUGCCGUGUGUCGUCACUCCAGUCCGGGAAUUGGUUAAAAUUUGUAGAGAAGAAGGCGUGGACCAGGUUUUUGUUGAUGCAGCUCACGCUCUGGGUAGUGUUAAAGUAGAUGUUAAAGAAAUUGGGGCUGAUUUCUACGCUAGCAAUUUGCACAAAUGGUUUUUCUGCCCGCCAUCAGUUGCAUUUUUGUAUUGUAAAAAAACCAGCUCCUCCUCUGAUGUGCAUCACCCCGUGGUUUCACAUGAAUAUGGGAAUGGAUUGCCAAUUGAGAGUGCGUGGAUUGGGACAAGGGAUUACAGUUCUCAACUAGUAGUACCAUCUGCUUUGGAGUUUGUUAAUCGAUUUGAAGGAGGACUUGAUGGAAUAAUGAAUAGGAACCAUGAGAAGAUUGUUGAGGUGGGGAAAAUGUUAGCAGAGUCAUGGGGAACAAAUCUAGGGGCCCCGCCGGAGAUGUGUGCAGGCAUGAUUAUGGUAAGCUUGCCUUCAAGAUUGCGUGUAAUGAGUCAAGAUGAUGCUUUGAGGUUAAGGUCGCAUUUGCGUUCGAAUUAUGGGGUUGAGGUUCCAAUUCAUUAUCAGGCACCUAGAAAAAAUGGUGAGGCGGCUGUGAAGGAUAAGGAUGGGUUCAUAAUGGCCUAUGCAAGGAUUUCUCAUCAGGUCUAUAAUACGUUUGAGGAUUAUUGCAAGCUUAGAGAUGCCAUAUAUCAACUUCUUGAUGAUCCACAGAUAUCCAAAAAGCUUUUUGCAGAGUGAAGAGACCAAACAUUAUUAGCCAAAAGCAAAGACAAAAACCAUUAGGGAGGAUGGAGAUAAAAGUAGAAGCUCGCUUAGAAGGGGCUGACAUAGUCCUAAAAGCGAUAUGCUUCAGCCUUCAGGCAUGGUCUAUCAAACUGGGGAUAGUAGUUGUCAGUGGUGAAUGCUGGUCUUUUGAAUUUUCUGCCAUUUAGGUUAAUUCUUCAGUCCUUUGAGUGCAGAUUGAAGUUAUUUGGUUGAAAGAGAUUAGUUUGAAAGACUUAAUGAUCAACAACCAUCUUUUGGCUGGGACAUUGACAUCUGCAUGGAUGCAACGAUCCAGAUAACUGUUGGCGUUCUUCCACUUUUGCAACUUUAUGCCUCUCUUGGACUGGGAAAAUGUUAAUAUUUCUUGGCUUUGGAGGUGUAAUUUGAUGACUCCUUGCAUGUAUUUACUUUCAAAAUAUUGACGGAGGAUAUUUAGUUGAAAUCUCAAAUGACCUCUUCUCAUUUGUGAUAAAA